GCGCUGGAGAGACGCCUCCGUCAGGACGAGCGCGGCGAGCGUUACCGAGAUUCUCUGAAGAGCUGCGGAUCGCGACGAGAGAGCGACCCGGCGGGCUCCGCGAUGGCGGGCAACGACGUGGUGCUGGAGGGAUUCAUAUGUCCGAUAUGCAUGACCGACUUCAAGGCGCCCGGUCAUCUGACGAGGCACUUCGAGGAGGUUCACAACGACGACCCGGAGAUCCUGAGAUCGCUGAAAGACCUGUUCGGCAAAGCCAAGAAGAAGAUCUUGAAGCAGGACGAUCUACCGGAAACGUUUCCAAGCGCGAUACCGCAGGAGAAGAGGCGGAGUCCUGAGAUCAAUUGGGGACCACAAGAAAUAGGUGAAAUUACGUCUCAUACAAGGUAUUUCAAGGAUAUAAGAAACGCCCGGCUGGAGAGAUACGCGUACGAGACAAAUAAGCUUCUUAUAAGGCUAGAUAAAUUAUUAAAUAACUUACCGUCGGAUCCCGUCGAUAGGAAAGCUCACGAACGCACCAUUGUGCCGUGGAUCGAUGAGAAGGAUGUGAAAUUGUGUCCCAAUUGCGCCAAGAGCUUUCAUCUGGCGAGGCGAAAACAUCACUGUAGAUUGUGUGGAGCAGUAAUGUGCCAUAAUUGUACAGUAUUUUUGUCCCUGAUCGACGCACGAAAAAUGACUAGUCCCGUGUCGAUACAAGACGACUCCGCUCUGUCGCCUACGUCACAACGAGCGUUUCCCGUGAGAGCGAUACGCGCGGGCGCUGGUCUCUCCAAAUUAGCGCGAUCACCGUCCAACGGUAGUUUGAAUAGCGUUUUAUCCCUGGUCAACGAUUCGAGCAGCAGCGAACAGCACUUUCGAGUAUGCAUGCACUGCAUAAACUUGCUCGACGCGAGGGAGAUGCAGAAGGCGAAGCAAUUCGACAAACCGAUCGUUUGUGAAUUUUACGAGAAAAUGAGGGAGUACAUGAGCGAGGCGUCGCAGCAUUUAGCAAUGUACAACAAAAUGUGGGAAUCGUUGAAAGAAGGCGAGACCACAUACGGUCUGGAGGAUGCACAAUCGCUACGAGUCAAGCUGGCAAAGCUGGGGGAAAACAUUGAUGCGACCAGCAAAAGAAUUCUAGUCCACGGCGUGAAGAAGGACACGGCGGAUUCGCAGGAGGCAUUGGGACAGGAAUUGCGGUUGUAUCAGAUGGUCAGAACGUCGGCGAUGAUAUUUUUGAAGGAGGAGCUGUUAACUCUGCAACCCUUACCCUCGGCGGAGGAGUACGCGGUUUUGCAGGAGGAACGUCAGAAGAGGAUAGAAGCCCGAAUAGCGUACGAGCGGCAGCUGGAGGAAGAGCAACGGGAGAAGCCGAAGGAACAGCGCAAGAAAGAUACGUGGAAUGUGGACAGCAGUCCAGCUUUGAAAACCAAUCAGGCACAAGCGAUGGUGACCCAGGCCCAAGGCUGGGGUCCGUCUCACAUUACACCUAUCAUGUCUUCCUCCAUGGACCCGAUAAUCGAACAGAUGAGCAAUCUUCGCGCGUAUAUCAAACAGGCCCGCGCCGACUGCAAGUACGACGAGGUCGCAACGCUGGAGAACAAUCUUCGAGAACUUCAAAGUGCCUACUUUGCUAUGAAACAAAGUAAUAGUAAUGACGGAUAGACAUAUAUUCGAAAUAGCACAUUUCUUGUACUUUCACAUGUAAAAUAGUUGAAUUCUUCUAUAUAUAUAUAUAUAUAAUGUAUUAUUAUUAAUUUGCAAAAUAUUUAAUAAAUCCUCUUGAAUCAAAAUCUUGGAACGCACAGUACAAUCUAAAAAAGUCUAAUAUAAAAAUUCGUUUUAUAUA